AUGUCUCGGGCGAAUAUUCGAAGGUGGUGGUGGUGGGGCGAAGAUGGAGGAGGUGAUAGUGGUGACGGAGACGUUCGUGGUUUCCAUGCUGGAAAUGGAGGCGGUGGUAUUGUUGCUGUUGUUGUUGUUGUUAUCGUCGCUAUUGGUGGUGGUUUUAUCGCUGUUGGUGAAGCUGUUGGAGGUUAUAGUGGUGGUGUUCUAAUGUGUGUUUGUGAUAUCGGAGGUGGUGGAAUAAUGGCUGGUGUCGGAGGUAGUGGCAUUCUUUAUAGCGGUGUCCUUUAUGAUCUUGAGAAUGGUGGUGGCGCUAGUUACGAUGAUAGUAGUGGUAACUGUGGUGGUGGUGGUGGUGGUGCUGCUGCAGCUGCUGGUAGCUGUGACAGUAGAGGUGUUGGUGGUUGUUCGUGGUGA